AUGAUAUUCAAGCGUGCUGUGUCUACAUUGAUUCCACCAAAGGUUGUUUCUGCACAGCAACUGGGGGCCGCUCCAAAUGCUAAGCGUAUUGCCAAUGUUGUGAGUUUCUACAAGAGUCUACCACAGGGACCAGCUACUGCAGCCAACAAUGCUGGCUACGGCAGGUUUUUGGGCAAGUACAAGAGCAAGUACUAUGAUGGCGAGAAUGCCAGCGGUAAGCCAAUCUGGCACUUGUCCCUAGCGGUUAUCACUUUUGGAUACUCCCUAGAGUACUUUUUCCACUUGAGACACCACAAGGACCAUUAG